CCUCCCCCCACUCCUCUCUGUUCUCCCUGUCCCCCAGGCACCCACAGGAAAAUACUCUGAAAAUACCUACUUCUAAUAGGCUUGUUGCUGGACCUCCUGUUACCCCUCAAAAGUAAAAAGAAAUGACAGAUGAUAAAAAAGAAACAGCAAGAAGUCGUGGGCUUUUUAGAGGCCAACAAGAUUGACUUCCAGCAGAUGGACAUAGCAGGAGACGAGGACAACAGGAAAUGGAUGAGAGAGAAUGUCCCAGGUGAAAAAAAACCUCAGAAUGGAAUUCCCCUCCCUCCACAGAUCUUCAACGAGGAGCGGUACUGCGGGGAUUUUGAAUCCUUUUUCUCUGCUAAGGAAGAAAAUAUUAUUUAUUCGUUCCUGGGCCUUGCUCCUCCUCCAGGCACAAAGGAGACUGAAAAGUCUGAUGCCACAGGGGAGAAGUCUGAUGCCACAGAGGAGAAGUCUGAUGCCACAGAGGAGAAACCAGAAGCCGCAGAAGAUAAAUCUGAUUCCAAGGAUGAAAAAUCUGAUGCCACGAAUGAAACUGAGGCACACACAGAAGACAAGGCAGAUGAAGGGGCUCCUGAAGAGGCUCAGUCUGGCCAGACACCACCAGAAGGUCAACAGGAAGGCGAGGAAGAACAUGCAGCAACAGGGGAAGAAGAAGAAAAGCAGGGAGAGGGAGAAGAAAAGGAAGAGGUGGAGGAGCAGGAAGAGUCUUAGUACAGUUCCCUAUGAUACAAUAUUUCUUGAACAGGUUUUCAGGAAGCACCAGCUGGAACCACCACACCAAAGAAAAGAAAAUCCCUUUCUCAAGCAAAGCACCACUACCUUUUGUGCCUGUAUGAACACAAAAAGAGCACAGCCACCACCCUGUCCCACCUGUAACCUUUAUAUAUAUAUUUGGUAUUCCAUUAAAAUGCUUGUUAAAAUGGAUCUCAUGUCUGACAGAUGGUAUUUCAGUUAACUGUUAUGUGUUGGGAUAGUUUUGUCCAUGUCACAUUUAGACUGUGAGCUCUCCAGGGCAGGAACCAAGCACGCUGCUGCCAUUCAGCAGCUGCCUGCACUCACACCACUGACGCCUUCAGAGGAAAAGAAAUUCAGCAAUGAAAACUGCAAAGAGGCUUCCUGUACACAAGCCAUGUGAGUCACUUCUCCCUCAGCUGGCAUUUGAAAAUGAUUGAGGUUCC